GAGAUUUUUUUUUAUUUUUUUUUUAGUACUGUAUUUUUUCACCCCGCUUUCCAUCGCGGUUCGCGGCGGGGCUCGCCCUCGCUCCCUCCCAGCACGCAGCGGCUGCACUGGGGCCGUUCCUGCCCGGCUUUGUGCCCUGCAGACCCGGCCCUCCUUUUCCUCCUCCUCCCCCUCCUGCCGUAAAACCUUCACGAGGCUCGGAACAGCAUCCGAAAGCGCCGCAGCCGCUCGCCGAAAACCACCGACUGCAACAAAACCCCUUUUUAUUUAUUUUUUUUUUUUAUCAUAUAUUUCCCCCACCUCCUUCCCCCUCCCCCCUUUUUUUAUUUCUCCUCCUCCUCCCUCCCGCAAACGCAUCAAGGUGGACGCGGAGCGCAAAAAGACCUUUGUUUUAAAAAUGCCCAUGGAGCUGACGCAAAGCCGCAUCCAGAAGAUUUGGCUUCCCAAUGACAACCGCCCUGCGCUGCCCCGCCGCUCCUGUGGGCCUCAGCUUGCCAAUUCCCCCACUGUGAUUGUCAUGGUUGGCCUCCCAGCCCGUGGCAAGACCUACAUCUCCAAGAAGCUGACUCGCUACCUCAACUGGAUUGGUGUCCCCACAAAAGUUUUCAACGUUGGGGAGUAUCGCCGCGAGGCCGUGAAGCAUUACAGCUCCUAUGACUUCUUCCGUCCUGACAACGAGGAAGCCAUGAAAGUCAGGAGGCAAUGUGCCAUGGCUGCCUUGAGGGAUGUGAAGUUGUACCUGACGGAGGAGGCCGGGCAGAUUGCGGUUUUUGAUGCCACCAAUACCACAAGGGAGAGGAGAGGGAUGAUCCUAAACUUUGCCAAAGAGAACGGAUUCAAGGUGUUUUUCAUUGAAUCUGUCUGCAAUGAUCCCAACGUAGUUGCCACCAACGUUAUGGAAGUCAAAUUGUCCAGCCCAGAUUACCGGGACUGUAAUUCCACCGAUGCCAUGGAGGAUUUCAUGAAGAGGAUCAAUUGUUACCAAGCCAGCUACCAGCCCCUUGACCCUGAUGACUAUGACAGGGAACUUUCUCUCAUCAAAGUCAUCGAUGUUGGCCGGCGGUUCCUGGUCAACAGGGUUCAGGAUCACAUCCAGAGCAGGAUUGUUUAUUACCUGAUGAACAUCCACGUCCAGCCCCGCACCAUUUACCUCUGUCGGCACGGCGAGAGCGAGUUCAACCUCAAGGGGAGGAUUGGAGGGGACUCUGGCCUCUCCAAUAGGGGCAAGAAGUUUGCAGUGGCACUGAACAAAUUUGUGGAAGAGCAAAACCUGAAGGACCUCAAAAUUUGGACCAGCCAGCUAAAGAGGACAAUCCAAACAGCAGAAGCUCUCCAGCUGCCCUAUGAGCAGUGGAAGGCACUCAAUGAAAUUGAUGCUGGUGUGUGUGAAGAAAUGACCUAUGAAGAAAUCAGGGAGCAACAUCCAGAGGAAUUUGCUCUGCGUGAUCAGGAUAAAUAUUACUACCGUUAUCCUUCUGGGGAGUCCUACCAAGACCUGGUGCAGCGCCUGGAGCCAGUCAUCAUGGAGCUGGAGAGGCAAGAAAACGUCCUUGUCAUCUGCCACCAGGCUGUCAUGCGCUGUCUCCUGGCGUACUUCCUGGACAAGAGUGCAGAUGAAAUGCCCUACCUGAAAUGUCCCCUGCACACAGUGUUGAAGCUGACUCCGGUAGCCUAUGGCUGCCGGGUGGAAUCCAUCUCACUGAACAUUGAAGCAGUCAACACCCACAGAGAUCGGCCAGAGGAAGCAAAGAAGGGACCUAACCCGCUCAUGAGACGUAAUAGCGUUACCCCUCUAGCAAGCCCAGAGCCCACCAAAAAACCUCGCAUCAACAGCUUUGAGGAGCAUGUGGCUGUUUCUUCUGCCCUGCCAGGCUGUGUUCCUCAGGAAGUGCCCACGCAGAUGCCGGGACAACCUUUACUAGGGAAGGCAUGCCUAAGACCCGUUUGUCACUUUCUCAAAGUUUUCUCUUUGCUAAUAUUUCCAAGAACAUGAGCAACUCCCAGAAGCCGUCGUGACUCCGUGGGCACCAUCGCGAGGCCGCUGGCGCUGCCGGCGCCGCCAGCUUCUCAUCCCAUCGCCAUUCCCGAAGCUUGCUUACAAACCGGUCCCCUCCGGCCGCGGCGAGGCUCCGCUCACGCUGCCCGUUCAUCCGCAAAAUCCUGCGCUGCUGAGGGGGGAGGGAUGCAGGAGAGCGGCGGAGGAGCCCAGCUCCCUCCUGGGGUCACCAUCAGCUCUUCAGGCUGCAGCGUUUGCUCUCCUCUCCAGCAUCCUGUAGCGAGCUGUAAAGUGCUUCUGUAGUGCACAGGAGUUUAAUUUUCCUCCCUUUCAGUGGUUUGGAUCUUCUGUAUAGAUGAUUGGUACCCAUCCAUCUCUGGGUGGGGUGUGUAUAUAUGUGGAUGGUGUGGGGUUAGCAGAGAAAUAGGGGGAAGGGGGGGUGGGUAAAGGGGUUUUGCAUUUUUUUUAUUAUUAUUAUUAUUAAUGUUGUUAAUUACUUUUGAAUAAGCCCCUAACAUGCUGUGCUGCAGUCCCUCACCCACACUACAACUGGUCACACAUGCCAGCCUGGCUCAUGCAGAUCUGUGAGCACCAGGAAAGCAGCUGUGUGAACUCCUUCACUGCAAGAACUGCUGGGUUUAAUAAAAAAAACCAACCCA